AAAAAAACCAAAAAAAAAAUUAAAACCGAAAAAAAGAUUGCGACAUAGUAGUUUUGUUGUCUCUCUCUCUCUCUCUCGCUCUCUCUCUCUCUGUCUCUCUCUAUGUAACUUAAAGUCUGCUCAUAAUUUCAUAAACUCUAUUUCUUGCAUUUAUCUCGGUUUUGUUUUUUGUGCCGUUACUUUUGACAUUUUUAUGGUUUGUAGCUUUGGUUUUUAUCUCGGUUACCCUUUGUUCUCUCUCUCUCUCUCUCUAUCUCUUUCUCUCUCUCUGUCUGUCUCUCCCCCUGCCCUCUCUUUCUCUUACAAAGAAUCAAUCAAUCAAUUCAGCUCACAUUUCUUCAUUUCGUUUCGUUAAACUCCAAAUUCAAGACUUCCAAGUAAAUCAAUCUUUAAAGCAAAGUUGAAAGUAUUGUAACACACACACCCACAUAUAUUCUAUACACACACACACACACACACACACAUGCAUAUGUAAGUGCUGUGUUAGCUUAGCCAUAAAAGCAGCUACUAAUAUUUGAUAUUUGCCAUCUCACUCACACAUACACACACACACACAUAGAUACACAUACCUACUUAGAGUGAGUGCAAGUCCUUAAAUACUUUUUAAUCACCUACAACUCUGCUAUAUGCUAUUACUGCACUUGUAUAAACGCCAAGUAGCGCAUCCGUUGAAGCCUCACACACACACACACACACACACACAUUCAAUUCCCAUUCUGAUUGCCCAACUGCAUACGUUAGAUACAUUGCGCAUACGCCCCGUUGCUUCGCCUUGCCGAUUGCUGCUCCUACGCUUGCGAUUUAGAAUUUGGCCAACACACACACAUAUACAUACACACACACACACACACACUUGAGCAAUGUAGCUAUGCAUUUUGUGUACAACUUUUAGAUACACACACUCACACAUUUUAUUUGGCACUUUGCGCCAGCCCCAAAUUAAAUACAAACUUUCUGCUUUUCUCUAGCUAAUUGCCAAAUCGUAGUUUUUAGCUUAGUUCCUUUAACUAGCGUUUAGCAACAGCAUUUAAUUAGCCACAUAUAUAACUAGUGCUUAACUAAACCAAUGUAUUUAGUUUCUAUGUAUUUUGUAUAUGCUAAUCAUGACAUAUAUACUAUCAUGCAACACACACACACACACACACACUCAUUCACACACACACACACAUAUUUACUCAAAUUAAUAAACCACUUGAAUAAAAGCUUUAUUUUUUAACUCUAAAUGCAAGUGCUUAAGUUUUAAAUAGGUCAUUUAUUUAAUAACUAUUUGACUUUGAGACUUCUCUGCAUAUGUAUGGGAGUGAAUGUGUGUGUGUGUGUGUGUGUGUGUGAGUGUGUGUGUCUAUUUCCCCAGUGUGUAUGCGUGCUGUGCGAGCUGUGGCUCGUGCUCCUACCAAAAUUUCACUCGUUGUAUCUAUUAUCAUGACCCAAAUAUCAAUUGAAUAGAGCUGCCUACGACACGCCGAAUAUUUAUAUACACUACUUAAAAAACUCGUUAACUUAUUUAUAUACUUAUUUAAAAUGCAAUAUCAAAUAUCAUAAAUCAAUAAUAGUGAUUGACAACUUAUAAUUAAACUAUUUAAUAUGCUUAUAAUUAAUUUUUUUUUUUUAAGUUAAUUAUUAUUUAAAAAAAACGCUUGCCACAUUUGGUAGGGUAUUUUGAUUACCUAUAUGUAUUGUGUAUAUGCCCGGUUACAAUAUCAAAGGCAGCCAUGCAAGAAUGAUUUUCAAUUGAAAAUCGACGCAGCGAGCUGGCAGCACAAUUUUCACACACACACACACACCCACACACACGCUCACGCCCCGCCCCUUUCGCUGAGGGCGAUCAGUUUAAAUGGCGUUGCCUAUUUGCAAUCUGUCGCACUCGAGUGCAUUGGCUAGGCCAAAAGCAGCUGGCCUCAUAAUUAGCGCCAGCUUCAUCACUUGCAGCUGCAACUGCAACUGCAACAGCAGCUGCAUUUCCCCUGUGGUUGCUGCAGCUACAUAUUUCCAAUUAGCAAAGUGUGUGUGUGUGUGUGUGUGGAUUGUUGCUGCGUCCUUUGUGCCUUUGUCAUUAUUUCUCUAGCCAAUUUGUUGCUCGCACAAUAUUAAAUGGUUUAUUGCAGCGGCAUGGCAAUUGGCUAAUUUGACCAAUUUGACUGAGAUUGCAAUAAUGGGAUUAUAUAUAAUGAUAUAAUGCCUUAAUUUGUACACACCCAUACACAGACACACUCACACACACAGACACAGACAGACUCGCAGGCACACACUGAAACAGGACACUUAAUUUAUUGAUUGUGCAACAAUUCGAAAUUAACACACACCAAAAUGUUUUCUCGUGUCAUCUCUUUGCCACAAUUUGUUGCGCUUGCCUAAAAACCGAAAAAAAAAAAAAAAUAUAUAUAUAUAAAAAAAAUGUAUAUGAAAUGAAAUAAAUACAACUGCGACUGCGACUGCAACUGCAAUUGGCACAAAGAUCAACGCUAUGCCGCGCCCUAUGCGCCCGUCAGCAAUAUGUCCAGCUCGGCGUACAUCAGCAGCGGCUUUGGCAUUAACUACUACACGGCCAGCGCAUUGCAGCAGCAACAGCUGCAACUACAGCAGCAAUCAACAGCAGCAGCAGCAGCAGCAGCAGCAACAGCAGCGGCAACAACAUCGACAGCAGCAACAUCUUCUUUAUACCAGCAACAGGCCUCGCCAGCACAUCAGCAACAGCUGCCGCAGCAGCAGCCGCUCGCCUGCAGCUAUCUGCAAAAUGAUCCGGGAGUGCGGCGUCGUCUGUUUGCCGGAUUUCGACCGUUGUCCGGCUUUGGACGGCUGCGACAGCAGCGCUCGUCGCAGCAGCAGCAGCAUCGCUCCAUAUCAUUGCCAGAAAGUAAUUACGUCACAUACAACCACCAACAACAAGAACAACAGCUACAACAGCUACAACAACACUACCAGCACCACCACCAUCACUUCUACCACCACCACCACCACAACUAUCCACACGAAUACCUUGAGACACCUACAAAUCUAGCUGCUACCUGUAUUCGCACGCAACGUGCGGCACAUUCGGUCAUCGAUUUGUGCGGCAACUAUUCGUUUGACAGUGCUGCAAUCAGUUUUACAGCAGCAAUAGCAACAACAACAACAACAAUAUCAACAACAGCAACUGCAACAACAAUUAUCAGUUCAUCAACAACAUCAACUACAACAACAACAUCAACUACAACAACAACAACAACUCGAACAAGCAACUGUUCUUUUUGGAAUAGUACUGCAUUUUAUUCCAAUUGAAUGUUUAAUACGUGUUUUUUACGUGUCGCAUUUAAUGUUGUCUCACUGUCUCCCACUCUCCCACUCUCUCUCUGCCUCUGUGUCUUCCCGCCCCUCUCUCUCUCUCUCUCUCUCUGUGUGUGUUGUAUUUUAUAGAGAGUGCGUGUGUGUGCGCGUGUGUGUGUGUGUGUGUUGAAUGUUACACCUUAGUUAAUUGCACCAAACGAAAUGCAUUUCAUUUACUUUAAUUUCCAGUUAGAGACGCCUCGCAAUCCAAACUUCGCUUUAACAAUGGCCCAGCACGCCAAUUAGUCUUAACCCAGUUUACACUUCAGGCAAACGGCUCAUUUCCGGCAGCAGCAACAACAACAACAACAACAACUGCAGCAGCAACAACUGCAAUUACAAGCCUAGCCAAGGCACAUUGGCAUAAUUUGUAUACAUGGCCGAGUUGCCUUUUGCAACAGGACUCGACUCUUGUUAGGGUGGGGAGAGGCAGGGGCUUGCAAACAGUAGACAAGAGCCGGGGCAGGGGAAAAGUUGUAGCGUGCAGCUAAAGAAACAACUCGCAGCGUCUGUGCCGUGUAAAUUGCGCGCCAUUGUCAGCUUUUGUGUGCCACACAAGAAAAACAUCAAAUAAAAGUAACGAGAAAGUACGCAUAUUUGCGGCACACCGAAGAUUAAAUACCCUUCUCGACAGUUGCCCUUAGAGUUAGCAGAUAUGUGAGACUAUUUUGUCACACAAAAACGGAUAAAAGACGGAUCUUUGCAAAGAUACAAGAGGAUAGCUUUAGAACUGGGAGAGGAGUUCGCAUAGCGAUAGACUGCCGGACGGAGGGACAGACGGGCCAACAGGUGGACAAGCGGGAGGACGGACAGUCCGACUUGGCUUUAUCAACUCGGCUGUUGAUGCUUAUCAAGAAUAUAUAUUUUUAUCCGGUCGGCGUUGUCUCCUACUAUACGUUACACAUUUCAUAAGAUUAUUAUUAUAAUGCCCGCUCCAAUACUAUUAAAAUACCAGUAAGAAUUCUACAGUUGAAAGUGCUCGACCAGCAGCUGCCCUGUAAAAGUAAGCUUUAAAAGAUCUGCCCAUUUUAUAGAUUAUAGACUAGACAAUUGCUAUACCUGAGAUUCAUGAGGCCCUAAAUUCUCGUGUUUCAAAAACUGAUUUUGACAUGCAAUUUUCAAACUUUUUGGCUGGGAACUUGGGACUAUCGCCACCAAGAAAACCCAAAUAUUGGCUAAAAAUUGCUUGAAAAAAGCUACAAAACUGACAACUCUUUAAAUCUGCGACAUUGUCGUAAAUAAGCUCGAAUAAUGAAGUAAAAAAUUGGUUUUUAUUUCUGACAGAAUGCACACAAUUAAAAAAGCAAGAAUCUGAAGCAGCUGAUCAAACUUUCAAACAGGCUCCCACUGUCUACGUCUAGCUAAUUAUAGCCCAGCUCAUGCGUUUUUCAUGACUGCAGAGUACAUGAAAUGCGCACACACAAAUGUUGCACAGUUGCACAGUUGCAAGUUGCACAAAAUGGAAGUUCUGGCCAAGUUGGAGCCGAGUUCAUUUAUGCUUAAUAUCUGCCGCAUUUUUAAUGGCAUUCUCAAUCUAUUCGCAGCCAUGUCCGCGCGAGAUAGCUGGCCGAGUAGUAGAGUGGAAGGGCAGGCUUGGGAAACGGGGUUUUCUUUUUGUCUUUUUAUCUUUGGGCUGCUUAGCCGGUCUCUCUCCUCGACUUCAAGUUUCCUGCAACAUAAUUAUGCUAAAAUUUGUUGUGGCGCACAAUUUCCUACCCCUCUCUCUCUCUCUCUAUCUCUGUCUUUUUUCGCCUUUAGAUUGGAACUUGCGACUGGGAUUUUCAUUUUUCUUCGGGUUCAGUUUUUUUUCUUCUUUACAUUUGCUCGCACCAUUUGCAUGUUUUCUUUUUGGCCUGGUCCGAGAGCUUGCUGCGAGCCAGGCCGGCCAGGCACAGUCAGAUAGCUGCAGCCAGAGCUUGAGCUUUCAGCCGGAUUAUUUUUUUCUGCUCUAUUACAUGCUGGCCCCAGGACAGUGUCUGUUCUGGCUGAGUUCCGCCGUUUUAUGCAUGAACGCUGGCGUCUUAAUGUUUAAUACUUUUGCCAUGUCUUCGUUUAACUUAAUUAGUUUUAAUACGCUCCAGCAUGCCAAAGUCGAACCCACUAAGCAGCUCACUGCGAUUAAACAACUGACUAACAAUUGUCGCUUCGCAUUCAAAAAUAAAUCCAUAUAAUGAUUAUAUAUCUAAAUCAAUGCAUAUAUCUCUAUGUAUAUGUUCUGGAAUACAUAU